AUGUCCUCCCCUCUAACCCCUCCUCCACCACCACCUCUCCUCCCUCACCACCACCACCACAUCCCUUCUCUCCUCUCUUCUGCCGCCAUAACCCGCCGCUCCUUUCUACUCUCCACAUCCCUCUCGACUCUCUCUCCACCUCAACCACCCCUUGACACCACCAUAACAGACCGUGUAUUUCUUGACUUUUCCAUCUGCUCCAAUUACUUCCGCUCCGACCGGACCCUCUCCGAUACCUUUUCCACCCUCUGCACCGACUCAGUUCCCCUAGGUCGCCUAGUUCUUGGCCUCUAUGGCCACUUGGUCCCUCUAACCGUCUCCAACUUCAAAACAAUGUGCACUUCAUCCUCUUACAAGAACACGCUAGUCCAUAAAAUCUUUCCGGGUCAGUUUUUUCUUGCGGGGCGGCAAGGAAGGAGAGAAAAAGGAGAGGUGAAAGUGCCUCAAGAUCUGGCAAGAAAUAUUGAGACCGUUGAUUCUAAGGCUUUUAAGCUAACACAUUCAAGACCUGGGAUUGUUUCUUUGUGUUUAUCAGAGAAUGAUGACGAGGAUAAUAUUAAGCUUGAUCCUGAUUACAGGAAUGUUGAGUUCUUGAUUACUACAGGACCUGGUCCUUGUCCACAAUUGGAUUCCAAGAACAUUGUUUUUGGAGUGGUUCUUGAAGGGUUAGAUGUUGUGACAUCGAUAGCUUCCAUCCCGAUAUACAAACCAGCAGAAAGAAUUCGCCAAUUCAAUGACUUGGCGGAGUUUCUUGGUGAUGAAAGAGCGCAAAAUGCUCGAACAAUAUGGAACAGGCCUCUUAAGACUAUUUACAUCAGUGACUGCGGAGAGCUGAAAGUGACAAAACCCUCUCUUCCUCCUAGCUUACCAUAG